AUGUCAGACCCAACCCUUUAUCUCUACACUUCCCUGACCGCGGGGUCGUCGCACAUUGUCACCGCCACUGCCCGGAUUGAGACGAUUCUCAAAGCUAACAAGCUACCCUUCCGCGCUAUCGAUGUUGCCACUGAUGAAGCCGCCCGCAAACUUUGGGGCCGACGCUCUAAGGGCAAGAAGCUGCCCGGGUUGGUGAAAUACGGUGACAUUGUGGGAGAUUUAGAACAGAUCGAAGAAUGGAAUGAAUUCGGAGAAUUACGCAUGGUGGUGAACAGCGUGCAGGACCUGGGUGGGAUGCCCGCUACCAGCUACCCGGCCGAUGGAGCGACCGAGAACAAACCUAAGACCGAGCCGGAACCCUCCACUCCCAAACCCUCCACUAUCAAGAUCCAAACACCCACCGAUACAAAAACCGAAGAUAAGAAGAAUGACAUGGCGGUGCUGGCACUGCGCCAGGCAAGCUCAGAGGCUGCCUCCAAGGCCAAGGCAAAGUCGAACGAGAGGAAAGAGCCCACGAAGGAACCAGCUUCAGAGGAACGACUUGCCAGCCGCGCACAUCGCGGCUCGGUCGCUCCCGAGCUCCCCGACACCCAACCAGAUUCGCCAAAGACCCCCCGACGUCCGACCUUAGUGCCAGAACAAGCCGCCGUCUCAUCAGCGAACUUCCAUGCGGAUAAUGCAGAGAUGCUCGGAUUGGUUGCACAUCAUCGCGGGUCUCGGGUGUCGACCCUCGAGGAUGCGGAUCAGGACAAGGCUUUGCGUGAAAUAAGGCAGUCAAUCCAUUCCGAGGAGCCUACAGGCAACCUGGAGGCUCUGCGCAAAGAAGCUGCAGAGAAGACGAAGACCGAGACAAUUGAAGAAGUGCCAAGCCCGACUGGGGAUGAUGUGGCCGUCGAGAAUAAGGAGGAGCUCAUGGAACCCAACGAGCCGGAGGGCACUGCUAUUGCGGAGGUGAUUGCGAAAUCUGUGGAGCCAGGAGAAAUCAAGGCAGAACUCGCGAAGGAGGCCCACGAGGUUAAGAGCCCGGGCGACGAGAAGGAUGGCUCCAAGGCAGGGCAGGUUCCCAAGUCCGCAGAGUAG